AUGGCGACUGCACAUAGAAGCAACCAGUCGCACGGGUUGAGGAUCGAAACUUCCUUCCAAAAUGCUUCCAGAAAUCGCUGGCGAGAUGGAGAGCAAGACGGAGAUUGGAGAGAGACUGGUGAUCGAGCUGGUAACGAGGGCGACCGUACCAACAUCUCUUACGAUUAUGACGCACACCGUUGCGGUACUGAUGAAGAAAGCAGAGUAUUGAGUAGCCUUCACUCCUCGACACCCCCCAUCUCAGUUCCGCGCCAUGAUGAUAGCCCAAGUCAAGAUGAGAUCCCUCACAAUCCAGAGGAUGUGGGCGCCUCGUCGCCCUUUGACUCGUUCCUCCAGCAGGAGGAGUCGUCUAUCGACUACUUUGAUCCUUCCAUUACCGUCACUCCGAGGAACCAGCAAGCUCUGAAAGGGCAGCUAUCGCAGAGCGAGAGGCUAAGCCGAGCACGAGGGUUCCAACCGCCGAAAACAUCAAGCCUCCGGAACAUGCUUCCGCAGGAUGAUAACGACAUUGCGAGCGGUAUCAGCAAGCUGGGAUUCAGCCCCGACCCCAGAAGAUAUCAGUCCCGGCGAACUGCUCCGGCCCGGUUGUCACGCGAGGCCCUCCCCGGAAGUCCUAACAACGCUUCUAUCGACCGCCCCACGUCGCUUACCACUGUAUCGACCAUGUCCCCCGUCAUGGAUGAAGUGCAAACCCCUCCGGGAAGCACUCGAAGCAUACUUUCGCCCAUCUGCAUGGCGUCCCCGACGCAGACGUUCCACUCCCCAGAAGACCGCAGUGCCUCCUGGUCCGGUACAUCUGGAACCCCAUUCGGUAGCAAGCCAGGGCGCUAUCGAAGCUCUACAGGGGCACGUUCGCGCCGAUCCACGGCCUCGAGCGGAAAAUCUCCAGCAAGCGCGUUUCUCUCCAUGUGGAGCACACAAGAAGAGCCACCGCCGAAACCUGAUGAUGAGGGUCAAAUGGUUGGAACUGACUACGUUCUCGGAAAAGCCAUUGGUUCUGGAGGCUUCAGUGUUGUGAAAGAGGCUUAUAAAGUUGAAGAAAGUGGCGAGACUCGACGACUAGCCGUGAAAAUCGUGAAAAAGCACAUUGCUGAGAGAAGUGAAAGGGAGAAUGAUGCAGUUCAGGCUGAGUUCGACCACGAGGUUCGUGUUUGGCGGUAUCUCAGCCACCCGAAUGUGCUGUCGCUCGAUGCAGUCUACGAGACUGAUUAUGCCACUUUCUGCUUCACGAAAUUACACAUUGGCGGCACCCUCUUCCACCUAAUCCGUCAAAACCGACAAAGCCACCGCACUCUAUCGUUGAAACUCGCAAAGAAAUACGCAUAUCAACUUGCAUGCGCCCUGCGAUAUCUACACGAAGAUGCUCGCGUGGUGCACCGGGAUAUAAAACUUGAGAAUUGCCUCUUGGACCCGGUUGAGUUGCCGGAUGGCGUCAAAACUUCGAACCUCGUGCUGUGUGAUUUUGGAAUGGCAGAAUGGAUCAACGCGGACAACGACGAUGAGCCCGAUUCGUACGAAUAUGAGGGUGCGCGACCACCACUUCGAAGCAUUGGGCCCUCUGAUUCCAGCACCAGCGUUGCGGGAAGCCUCGAAUACGCUUCCCCGGAAUUACUAGACUCGUCUUCUGGAAUAAUCGACCCUUCGGUGGACAUCUGGGCUUUUGGAGUCAUUGUCUUCACCCUCCUCGUCGGGUCGCGGCCAUUCCAGCACACCUUCCAGCCCCGUUUGAUAUCCAACAUUCGGGAAGGAAUUUGGGACAAAGACGCGGUACUGGGCGACGGAAGUGACUCAGAAACACGCCGCGAUGCCCUUGAGCUCAUCACGAAAUGCCUGGACAUGAACCAUCGCAGACGCUGGACCGUUCGCGAUAUUCUGUCCUGUCGUUUCCUGCGCGAAUUUGCAGAGAAAGUAGGCGACAACCAAGCAGACAGCAUCUGGAAGCUAUGA